UCACAACAGUUGCUCAGCCAUCUUGGAAAUGAGUACAGGAAUAUUGGUGUGGCUCCCGUAAUUUAUGACUGAACGUCCUAGUGGAACGAGGAAUUAGUAUUUCUGAAGUGUCCGGAUUAAACUAGAUAAGGGAGAGACACGGCGUAGCCGUAGUCGUAGUGGCAGUGGCAGCAGACGGGGUUCUCCAAGCAGGAGUAGAAGCCGGAGUGCAAGUGGUAGCAGAAGUCGCAGCAGAAGCCGUUCUGGAAGCCGUAGCAGAAGUAGGAGUAGGAGCCGCAGCCAGAGCAGAAGUAGGAGCCGUAGUAGAAGCCGAAGUAGAAGCAGGAGCAGGAGUCGUUCUGUAAGAUCAGAUGAAGCGAUGGAAGCUAGAAGUGGAGAGGAAGAAGUCAGUGGUGAUGAAGAACCAGCUGAUGGAGAAGACCUCGCAAAUUCUGAGUAUGACAGUGAAGAAGAAGAGGAUGAUGAUUUGCACCACAAGAAAAAGAAGAAAAGAGGCAUAGUUUCAGAUUACUUCUUAGAUGAAGCAGAGGUCGACGACGAUGAAGGAGAAGAUGAUGAGGAUGAGGAGGGUGAUGACUACGAUUUGCUUGGAAAUGAGAAAGAAGAGGUAGGCGUUACUGCCAGAGAAAUUGAAGCAAACCGCAGAGCACACAGUGUUUGGGACAAUGAACGUGAAGAAGAGAUUGAAGAAUACUACAGACGCAAGUAUGCUGAGGAAACAUCUGCAGCCAUGCGUUUUGGUGAGGGAGGUGAAGAAAUGAGUGAGGAGAUUACCCAACUGACUCUCCUUCCUGGUGUCAAGGAUCCCAAUCUUUGGAUGGUGAAGUGUCGCAUUGGUGAAGAAAAAAUGACUGCUCUGCAGUUGAUGAGAAAGAUGAUUGCUUACCAGUUCACUGAUGAGCCAUUACAGAUUAAAUCAGUAGUUGCUCCAGAAGGUGUCAAAGGUUAUGUGUACAUUGAAUCAUAUAAACAGACCCAUGUAAAAGCUGCUAUGGAAGGUAUCUCAAAUCUCAAGCUGGGUACAUGGAAACAGACGAUGGUUCCCAUCAAUCAAAUGACUGAUGUCCUGAGAGUUGCAAAAGAAGUUCCAACAUUGAAACGUGGGGCCUGGGUCAGGCUGAAAAGAGGUAUCUUCAAGGAUGAUUUAGCUCAGGUGGAUUAUGUUGACUCCUCUCACAAUAACGUUCACUUGAAACUUAUUCCUCGAAUUGAUUAUACUCGUAUGCGAGGUGCUCUUAGAGGAACUCAGUCAGAGAAUGAAAAAAGAAAGAAGUUCCGCCGACCACCUCAGAAGCUCUUUGAUAUGGAUGCCAUCAGGGCUAUUGGAGGAGAAGUCUCGCAGGAUGGUGAUUUCCUCAUCUUUGAAGGAAAUCGUUUCACGCGCAAAGGUUAUCUGUACAAGAUUUUUGCCAUGUCUGCCAUCAUGGCAGAUGGUGUAAAGCCAACACUAAGUGAACUGGAGAAGUUUGAAGAACAAAGUUUGGCUGACAUGGAACUGACAACAUCUGGACGUGAGGAAGAGGCUCACAGCUUUGCCCCAGGAGACAAUGUAGAAGUCCAUGAAGGUGAAUUGAUGAAUUUGAUGGGACGUGUAACUAGAGUAGAUGGUAACAAGAUUAUGAUUCUCCCAAAACACGAAGAUUUGAAGGAUGAGUUGGAGUUUUCAGCACAUGAAUUGAGGAAGUACUUCAAUCAAGGUGAUCAUGUAAAGGUUAUUGCUGGACGAUACGAAGGAGAUACUGGGUUGAUUGUUCGUGUGGAGGAAAAUAUGAUUGUUCUCUUCUCUGAUCUUACUAUGCACGAAUUGAAGGUUUUGCCAAGGGAUUUGCAAUUGUGUGCUGAUGUGGCUACUGGUGUUGAUUCCCUUGGUCAGUUCCAGUGGGGAGAUCUUGUGUUACUUGAUGCUCAGACUGUUGCUGUAAUUGUAAGAUUGGAGAAGGAAAACUUCCAAGUCCUAAAUAUGCAUGGAAAGUUAGUGCAAGUCAAGCCACAAGCUGUUCACAAGAAGGAAAAGAGGCGAGCCAUGGUUCUUGAUUCGGAGCAGAACACGCUUCAAAUAAAAGACAUUGUGAAGGUCAUAGAUGGGCCUCAUUCAGGUCGACAAGGAGAAAUCCGGCACUUGUACAGAAAUUUUGCCUUCCUCCAUUCAAAAAUGAUGAUUGAAAAUGGAGGUAUCUUUGUGUGUAAAACAAGGCAUUUGGUUCUUGCAGGAGGCGCUAAGACAGUCACAGGAGGUAUGGGCAUGACUAUGGGCUUCAUGUCUCCUCGGCUGAACUCCCCUGCUCAUCCUGGUGGUGGAGGAGGUGGUGGUGGUGGUGUUGCUGGUGGUGGUGGUGGUAUGGACCGUGGAGCAGACCGUGGUGCUUUUGGUGAACGCAAUCGAGGAAGAGGCCGAGGAAGAGGUGCUGGAAGAGAUCGUGGUGUUAUUGGGCAGACCAUAAAGAUUACACAAGGGCCUUAUAAAGGUCACGUUGGUAUUGUCAAGGAUGCUACAGACUCCACUGUACGUGUAGAAUUGCAUUCAAAAUGCCAGACAAUUAUUGUGGACCGUUCACGCGUGGCUGUAGUAGGGGCACCAUCUAAACCUGGCUCACUGGCAUCUGUCACUCGCACUCCUACCUGGAGCGGGUCGCAGACACCUAUGUAUGGCAAUACUGGAUCUCGCACACCAAUGUAUGGCUCACAGACUCCACAGUACGAUGGCUCUCGAACACCUCAUUAUGGUAGCAUGACACCCUCCCAUGAUGGAUCAGCUACACCAGGAAGGCAGUCAGCUUGGGAUCCAACAAUUACUAAUACCCCAGCACGACAUAAUGAGUUUGAUGAUUAUUCCUUCGAUGAAGCAUCUCCAUCCCCUGCAUAUAAUCCUGGUACUCCUGGCUAUCAAUCUGAUGCAGGACAAGGGCCGUACACUCCACAGACUCCAGGCACUGUUUAUAGUUCAGAUCAUAACUACAGUCCUUAUCAGCCUGAACCAUCACCAACUGGAUACCAGCCUGGAGGCAGCCCAUCAGGAUAUGUUGGCACUCCAAGCCCAGGCACUGGAUACCAGGGAUCACCAUCUCCAGGCUCAGGUUAUGCUUCCCCAUCUCCCCUGGCUUCUUAUAGCCCCAUGACUCCGGGUGCACCAUCACCUUACAACCCUCAGACCCCAGGUGCCGGCAUGGACACCCUGGGUAUGACUGACUGGCAAACCUCUGAUAUUGAAGUCAGGAUUAAGGAGACUCAUGAUGAUUCUGGUCUCAUUGGUCAGAUUGGUGAAAUACGUGGUGUAUCUGGUGGUAUGUGCUCAGUUUUUCUUCCUGAGGAAGAGCGAGUUGUUAAUAUUCUAGGAGCUCAUCUAGAGCCUGUUACCCCCGCACAAGGGGACAGAGUGAAAGUUAUAUUUGGUGAGGAAAGAGAACAGACUGGUAAUCUGCUUUCUAUUGACCACAAUGAAGGAGUAGUCAAGUUGGACCAUGCUGACGUAAAGAUGUUGCAGCUUCGUUAUUUAUGCAAAAUGAAAUAAUUUUUUAAAAAUCUAAAAGACAAUGGAAAAAAUUAGUAGCGAUUGGUAAACUAGCAAGAAUAUUGUAAAAUAGAUCUUGACUAUUUGGCUUCUAAUUACUGGAAAUUGUUUUAAAUGGAUAUAACACUUUUAGGGUUUUGUGCAUUGUAUAUGUAAAUAUAAUUUACAUGCUUAGGAUGAACUGUUUCAUAAUUGAAACUUAAGUUUCUCAGCUUGAUUUAAAGCAUUUCAAAGGACUAGAUCUUGUUAUUCAGGUCCAUCAUUCUUCAGUCACAAUUCAAGAAAUCUCUAGUUCUUUCAUUAGUACAAGGAACAUGUGAAGGUUGAAUGUAUUUUCCUUAGGUCCAUAUGUAUUCAUGUAAAAAUUCUAAGGAGUUACUAAAGUUGUAAUUUUUUUUUAAAGGUUCCAUUAUUAUAAACUACAAGAAGUUAUUUUCCAUUCUUAUAAACUAUACAAGAAGUUAUUUAAGUGAUUGUAAUGUUCCAGUGACUAAGGAUCCAUAUUUUUAAAAACUGGAUGGAGUUACUAAAUUUGCAUUGUUGUAUUGAUAUUCUUUUAAGGAAAAUUUGAAGCUCAAGGCAUUUGGUACAUUUCAUAUUCAGAUUUAAGUGAUGAUCUUGCUCGCUCUAACUUUUUCUCUACUUUUAACUUGAAAUAUCUUACAAAAGUUGUUAGUGGAAGUCAUGUGCCAUUAUUAGAGAUUUUUGUAGGAAAAAUUAAUAUUUGACUUCAGAAACACUUUUGCUUUUGAGUUUGAGUGCUUGCAUACACCUUAAUAAUCUUUCAUAAUUCAUGAGCUUCAAUUAAUAUCAUUUCCAUAAGCAAGUGUAAGUAACCGGAGUAACUGAAAAUCUGUAAUUCUCACAAUGUUCUUAGUUUUACAAGAGUCUUUUCAUUUCUAUGCUGUCUCAAAACCAACCCUGCUCAUAGGGGAGUAGAGGUGACUUGGCUGAAAGGCAUUGCAUAUAAAGAACAUUUUCAAAACCAACUGUAAUCUUCAGAUGGCAAGAAUACAUGGCCUAAAAUUAUAUCAUUUGUGAAGAUACAGUAUUUUUUUUAAUAGUUUUGCUCUUAAGGACUGGUUUUUCAAUGGAACAUCUUGGAGAAAUAUUAGGAGUUUGUGGUUUUUCAAAAAAUUGUUUUGAUGGAAUAUCUAGGAGAAAUAGUAGUAGUUUGUGGUUUUUCAAAAAAUUUUGAUGGAACAUCUUGGAGAAAUAGUUGUUUGUGGUUUAAAAAAAAAAUGGAAAAAACUGUCUUAAGUUAGUCUUUUUUUCAGUGAUAUUAUUUGUUGGUCCCUUUAGUCUGUAUAGAAAUUGUUCAAGUUUGGCAUGCACUAUACAGUUAAAAGUUGUGAGCUCUUCAAGGAGAGAGGGAUCCUUAACCCCUGUUACAACUGUCUGAAGAAGGCAGUUUAAAAUAAUAUUUAUAAUUUUUCAACAAUAAUUCGUGUUUAUUUUUAGGGAGGCAUUUUCAAAUACAGCAGAUGUCUAUGUGCCCAGUUAAAUUACUUUCAUAUCAUAUAUUAGGUAUGCUGUAGAUUAUCAACUAUGAUUUUUGGGGGGUAUAUUCCAUAUUGUUAUAUAUAGAUAAAGUAUGUAAUUAAAUAAAAAAAAUUUAAAUUUCA